AUGUCAAGCCUUUGGGCGUUGUUGUUUUCGGCUGUCUUACUACCAAAGGCCGCUGCGGCUCAUGACAACACGCCUGCGGUCCAGCUCCCCAUCAUCCCGCCACCCACACCCUUGGAUGAACCGGAGUUGCCAUCCGAACCAUACGAGUUUUCUCUCCGCCAUAUAUUCCACCGAGGAGCGUACCAACAUCCCGAGCUACACGCCAGACUCGAUGUCCACCCCAACACCCGCUUGUGGACAUUGUCAGAGGAUGGCACCGAACAUGGACCUAUUACCAGCGAAGGCCCCUUGAUAGCCUCAUCAUCUCCCAUCACGAUACAACGUCUAGCAGACCGACGGCUAUCUGUCAUCGAAGCGCACUUGUCCGCUGCCCGAUCCUCAGGCGUCGCAACAACGUCAUCGCCGGCGGAUUGGGUGAUGGACACACUUGCGGGCCCGAAUGUUACGGACAAGAAGACGGUAUUGACCUUUGCGCAAAUGACGGCAAAUGAUUACAUUGAGGAACCCGGUACGGAGGACUGGCAAACCAUCCAUGGCAGAUUCAACUACUCCAACAGCUUUGGAUGGCAGAGGGACGGCCUUCGAGGCCACAUCUAUGCCGACAAGACCAACAGUACCAUUGUUGUUUCAUUGAAGGGCACUUCCCCGGCUCUCUUUGAUGGAGCAGGUACCACCACGAAUGACAAGACCAAUGAUAACUUGUUCUUCAGUUGCUGCUGUGGUCAGGGGGGCUCAUACCUAUGGAGGCAGGUCUGUGACUGCCAGAGCGACACUUUUACCGCCAACUUGACUUGCAUCCAGGAGGCGAUGGGUGACGAGAACAAAUAUUACAGGGCUGCCAUCGAUCUCUACUCCAACGUCACGGAGAUCUACCCCAACGCACACGUCUGGCUGACUGGACAUUCCCUGGGCGGUGCCAUGGCCAGUCUUCUCGGCUUGACUUUUGGCCUCCCAACAGUCACUUUUGAAGCGAUCCCGGAAGCAUUGCCCGCAGCUCGACUCGGAAUUCCCAGUCCACCAGGCCAUGACCCCCGACUUCCACAAAAGCGGGGUUCAACCGGAGCAUACCACUUCGGCCACACGGCAGAUCCGGUGUACAUGGGAACUUGCAACGGCAUCAACUCCCUGUGCACAUGGGGCGGCUACGCGAUGGAAUCCGCCUGCCACACUGGUCAAAUGUGUACAUAUGACACAGUGGGAGACAAAGGCUGGCGCGUGGGUCUUGGAACGCAUAAGAUCAGGAAUGUCAUCUCGGACGUGAUCAAGGUUUACGAUGAUGUGCCACCCUGUGCACCAGAGGAAGAAUGCUACGAUUGUGUACUUUGGAAGUUCUUCAAGAGCAAUGGCUCCGAGAUCACGACGACUACUACUACGACCAAGGCCUCUCCAACCCUCACCAGGACCUCUACAUGCAAAACUCCGGGCUGGUGGGGCUGCCUUGACGAGUCGACGACGACCACCACUACUACUACGACAAGUACCACGACCACGACGACGUCGACUUGCAAGACGCCUGGUUGGUUCGGCUGCAAGGAUCCGACAGCCACCACCACAGGCGCUUCUGCAACGUCCACCUCAACUUCCACAACUUCCACGACAUCUUCAUGCAAGACACCCGGUUGGUUUGGUUGCCACGAUUCCACGACUUCCAGUAACAUGGUCACGCCGGCGCCCACCAUCACAACGCCGAUCUCAUCGACGACAUCGGCAACUUGCCAUGAUUUGGGCUGGUUCGGUUGUCGGGAUCCUGUAACCGAGCCAAUCCCAACACACGAGUGA